AUGUUUUCCCGCGCUGUGAGACCCGCCGCGAGCCUCGCCCGGAGCUUCUCCGCCUCGGCGCGGAGCGACGCCAGGGUGGCGGUGCUGGGGGCGUCGGGCGGCAUAGGCCAGCCGCUCUCCCUGCUGCUCAAGAACAGCCCGCUGGUGAGUCAGCUCUCGCUCUACGACAUCGCCCACACGCCCGGGGUGGCUGCCGACCUCAGCCACAUCGAAACGAGGGCCCAGGUCACCGGCCACAUAGGCCCCGACCAGCUAGGCGCCGCGCUGAAGGGCUGCGACGUGGUGGUGAUCCCCGCCGGCGUGCCCAGGAAACCCGGCAUGACCCGCGACGACCUCUUCAACACCAACGCCACCAUCGUGGCCACCCUGGUGGACGCCUGCGCCCGCCAUUGUCCCGAGGCGAUGAUCUGCGUGAUCUCCAACCCGGUCAACUCCACCAUCCCUAUCACGGCGGAGGUCAUGAAGAAGCACGGCGUCUACAACCCGAACAGGGUGUUCGGCGUCACGAGCCUGGAUGUUGUGCGAGCAAACACCUUCGUGGCGCAGCUCAAGGGUCUCGACCCAGCUCGCGUCAACGUGCCGGUCGUUGGAGGUCACGCUGGGAAGACCAUCAUCCCGCUCAUCUCCCAGUGCACGCCCAAGGUGGAGUUCCCCGCCGAUCAGCUGUCCGCCCUGACGGGCCGGAUCCAGGAGGCCGGCACCGAGGUGGUGCAGGCCAAGGCGGGCGCCGGCUCCGCCACCCUCUCCAUGGCCUACGCCGGCGCCCGCUUCACGUUCUCCCUGCUGGACGCCAUGAACGGCAAGGAGGGCGUCGUGGAGUGCUCCUUCGUGCGGUCCGAGGAGACGGCGUGCAAGUACUUCUCGACGCCUCUGCUGCUGGGGAGGAACGGCAUCGAGAGGAACCUCGGGCUGGGCAAGCUGUCGGCCUUCGAGGAGAAGCUGGUGGCAGACGCCAUCGGGGAGCUGAAGGCGUCCAUCAAGAAGGGCGAGGAUUUCGUGGCCAAUAUGAAAUGAGUAUAGGACACGGAGUUGGUUGAACACGAGCAACUGUGAUUGAUAAUUUGUCCAUCGUAAUUUAAAAUGCAUCUGGGUAAAUCUGAACAUCUGCCAGUGUUUCCUCUCGCUUUUUUUCGAGCAGUAGGGUCAUUUUCAGACAUCUUGAUUUUUGGCCUUGAUCGCUAAUGUUUCGAGGUCUCCCCUCUUCAAACAUGGCCUAUUUUUGCACUUAUAAGUCUGUGUAGAUACUGUACUGUGACUCCUAUCUAUAUUUUGAAAAUGUCAAAUUUCAAAGAUCAUAUUUUCAUGUACAGUCCAUUGUGGAUUUAACUGCUGUUUGCAUUAGGAGGAAAUACUGUAACACCUGUUGAUGCAAGAAGAUGUUACUGGUGAGCAACAUUAGCACUCCCUUAAUAAACAGUUCAGCUUUAAAAA